AUUUGGAAAGUGUCAGUCCAGCCAAGUUGAGCACGUUCGGUAGAUACAGAUAGGGCGGGCUGAACUUCUUAUUUGAUUUAUUUAUCUGUGUCAAAAACUUUCAAGUCUAUCUUAAUCUCAGUCCCUCUGCACUUUUUUCCCCGAUCAUACGAUUUUCCAACCAAAAUGAGGCUUAUACUCAUUUUACUUUUUAUGAGCGAAUCCAGUAAGGUCUUCGCAAGAUGUCCAGAUCACUCAUUUCUUGGUUGCAUGCUCCGGCUGAAAGCUCAAAGAGUUCCAAUCGAGAAAAACAUUUUGAGUCUGAUAUUCAACAUUGGCACGGAAGCAAGACUUCUGCACACUUGCAAAGUAUAUUCAUCUACUCUUCCAUGUUUCCAAGAGAAAAUUCGAGAGUGUGGAGAUGAUAAACAGAAAAGAAUUUUGAACGAAGUAUCUAAAACUAUCAUGUAUCUAUGUUCUCCGUUCAGUUUGAAGAGACAGAACUUGGUCAUUGAGCAUCAAAAAUGUAUAUCCGGAGUCCUUUCUCUACCAGCGAGCACAGGAUGCCAAUUGGAUGAUAAUGAAUAUGGAAAACAGGUUAUAUCAUGCAAAAAAGAGUGCAAUUCUCGUGGUCUCAUCUGCAUGAUGCGUACAUGGAUAUCUGAACAAAAUACUUGUACAAUGAAAGAUAUUGACCAAAAAUGUGGGGCAGAAGCAGCAAGUCUCUUCCAGGAGCUUCAAACUACAGUUUUUGAGCCGACUUAUCCAGUUGUAUGUACUCCAUCAAACGAAACAAUUGCCACCGUAAGACCGAAGAUCUCAAAUUUGAAGGAGAAGAAAAUUAAGACACAAUAUAGAAAACCGAUUCAAAAGUCAAAAACAGAAAUCCAAGAACACCCAAUGGUCUUGACAUCUCCAGCAACUCCCUCAACAGCAGAUAACAUUUAUAUUGCCCUACCUGAGCAGACAAAUGUUUACCUGCGUCCGCAAAGACCAACUUUUGCGGCAAACUUGACCAACAAUAAUGCUGCCCAGCUUUAUCCGAAUCAAGUUGAAUUGCAAGAAAAGUCGAACAUUUGGAAUAAGGGUGACUAUGGUCAGAAAGUGCAAUACAACAAAGAACACUGGAGACAAAAAACUUCAUCGGGUGAAUUCGUCUUUACAACUCAACAUCCACUGUUUACAACAACUGAAUACGGAGCAACACCACGAAGACAUAAGGUAAUCGACAUUCUGAAAAGUUUGAUUCCGCCGAAUCUUCCAUCCCAGCUCACUGCUCUUCUGGAAAACAGUUACGACAAGGAAAUAUUUGCCGAAACACAAAGCUAUAAUACACCAGCAGUCGCAACUCCAAUGUCGAAUAUAUAUGCCACAUCUCAAGCUGUCUAUCAACCUGAAAUAGUGACAAUUGCGCCGAAAACCACAAUGAUUCCGCCACAACCUGUAAAAAUAACAUAUCGACCUUCUACAACCCACGCCAAAAGCACCAUGAUGACAACCACGCAGCCGAUCGUUCAGUAUCCAAUAUUACCAGCAACAACUGUAAAAUGGAAGCCGUGGUACUUAGGUGGCGCUUGAGAUUUUCCCAAAUAUUUUCAUCACUAACGUUUUUCCCACGAAGUACACUUUGUUUUUACUUAAUUUUAUUGUACCAAAUGAUCUCGACAAUAUUACUAAUCAAUGUUAAUCGGAUUUUAAUGAUCUGAACAAUUAUUAUUUUAAAAGCAUGAUUAUUUUGUGUUAUGAUAAAAAAAAAGUUGAAAUAAAAAGAUCGGAAAAGAAU